AUAGCACCGCAAAUGUUUCACACGACGCGUAAAUGUCACCCGUCUAUCGCGUCUACGCGGGAAAAGUGACAGAACGUUGUUUUUUUUUUAAAUAAAAGUUAAAUGUUUUGGUGGUUUACAAUAUAAGUAAAUAAAAAGUUUCAUUUUUAAAAAUUGUUAUUGACGAGUUUUACAUCACUUAAACAAGAUGAUAUUAACAACUUCAUGUGUUCUACUUGCUGUUAUAAACUACGGCCACGCGCAAAAUCCUAAUUGUGAUUUUACACAAAAUGUGCAAGCAAACCGCAUGUACUACGUGUACAGCCCGGGCUAUCCCCGCAACUAUACCGCAGGGGUGCAGUGCCGGUGGAUUGGAAUUUGCCCCGCUGGGUACAACUGCAGGCUAGACUGCCCCGAAGUUAAUCUGCCCCAGAGUAACAUGUGUUCAAUGGAUCGCCUGCUGAUAUCAAGAACUGGAGAUCCUCAGCUGUCAUCUGCAGAGUACUACUGCGGUCGUGGCACACUCAGCGUCACGUCUGUCGCACAGAGAUUGUCAAUCGGUCUGAUAUCAUCAUACUAUAGUACUGGGGGGCGUUUCUACUGUCAACUCACAGCACAACGAGCUGCUGUAACACCUGCACCUUGUCGCUGCGGAUACAAGAAGUCGAACCGUAUAGUGGGUGGUCAGGAGACGGGCGUGAAUGAGUUCCCGAUGAUGGCUGGUGUGGUAUACGUUGAUAUCAGACAAAUCAAGUGCGGAGGUGUCAUCAUCAGCGCACGGCACGUGUUGACAGCAGCACAUUGCGUCAUCAGAAGAACUGUCAAUGAUAUUGCCGUUGUUGUUGGAGAACACGAUGUUAAUACAGGCGACUCACCGGCCACGCAGGGCUUCAGGGUCAUUAGCAUCAGGAUACAUCCAUUGUACAAUUUGUCAAACUACGACAACGAUAUAGCAAUCCUCACUCUCCAGCAGGACAUUGUGUUCAGUGACCGUGUGGGCCCUGUCUGUCUGCCAUUCAAGUUCAUCAAUAAUGACUUUGCUGGAAACAAAGUUACCGUGCUAGGUUGGGGCACAUUGUUCCCCGGUGGCCCGACGUCCAACGUGCUGCAGAAGGUGGACCUGGACGUGAUCAGCCAGGCGACCUGCCGCCGCUCUGAAGCGCUGCUCACACCACGACAGAUGUGUACUUACACGCCUGGAAAGGACUCUUGUCAGGACGAUUCAGGUGGUCCUCUUCUGUACACGGACCCCUCUAACGGUCUUUUAUACAACGUGGGUCUUGUCAGCUACGGCGCGUUCUGUGCGUCAGGCUCCCCCGCCGUCAACACUCGCGUCACGUCAUUCCUGGACUGGAUUGUCGCAACCACACAGGUUGAUUUUUGCAGAACAUAAUAAAUUAUUGUUAUAAAAA